UAAAUAUACAUAUAGAUACAGGGGCGGCCCAUUACACGUACCAACAAAUUUAACCAAGCAGUUGCCUGAAGUUUGCGACGAAAAUACUCCGUUUUUCAUAAUCGGAUUCCAGUAAUAUCUGCACGCCGAUCGGCACUCCGAAGAAACUUUUUUACUUUCACCAGGUGUACAUUGAAGCUUUUGUGAGAUAUGAUGGCUAAUCUAAUGACAUCAGCAUUAGUAUCAUCUUCACCUCAACAAAAUGUUGUUCACACAUCAGACGGUCCAGUUGCUAUACUAUGGGACAUGGAGAAUUGUCCUGUUCCGAAUGACGUACGCCCCGAAGAUGUGGCUGGUAACAUCAGAAUGGCUCUACGGAUGCAUCCUGUAAUCAAUGGGGCCGUUAAUAUGUUAUCUGCGUAUGGAGAUUUUAACGGCUUUUCUAGGCGUUUAAGAGAAGGAUGCCAAAGGACAGGUGUGAAGCUUGUAGACGUACCAAAUGGACGAAAAGACGCUGCUGAUAAAGCGAUACUAGUGGAUAUGUUUCUGUUUGCACUUGAUAAUCCUCCACCAUGUUCCAUCAUGUUGAUUUCGGGUGAUGUUGACUUUUCUCCGGCGCUUCAUGUUCUUGGUCAACGGGGGUACACUGUGAUUCUUGUGAUUCCGUCUAGGGUUGGUGUUUCGUCUGCUUUGAGUAAUGCCGGUAGUUACGUUUGGGACUGGUCUAGCGUGGUUCGCGGUGAAGGCUUUUUGCCAUCGCUAAAAUCUCAAAUAAGUGAAAACGCAGAUCCUAAAAACGAAGAGGAAGCAAUUGUAUAUAAAGGGAUCUCAAUGACGUCUCGUCCUUCAACCGAAAACAAUGAUAUGGCGUGGGUACAGCCUGGAGACUUGACUCAUUUGAAGGGUCAAUUAGUGAAGCUUCUAGAAGCUUCCAGUGGAUGUUUACUACUUAAACGUCUUCCCUGUGAAUACCAGAAAAGCUUCGGGAGACCCCUUUGUGUUUCGGAAUACGGAGAGUUAAAAAUGGUGGAUCUUUUUGCAAAAAUGAGUGAUGUUAUUUCUGUUGAAGGACAGGGUUCGAAGAGAGUUGUAUUGCUCAAGAAAUGCUUAACGAAUGCCAUAGUUAAGUAUGAUAGGAAAGGAAAGGGGAUUCGGGAAGUAUCUUCGGAUGAAUUUUCUGAAGAAGAAAGAGUAGUUGUUGAAGAACAGAAUGAGAUUAAAAAUGAGAUUUUUGAUCAGUUCAGGUAUGAACUGCAAGAGAUUCUCGUGAGUUAUUCUUGUAAGGUUUUGUUGGGUUGCUUUGAGGAUGUUUAUCAGCAACGAUACAAACGACCACUUGAGUGUCGAAGAUUUGGCGUGAAUGAUCUUGAGGAGCUAUUUGAAAAGAUGAGUGGAAUUGUAGCUUUACAAGAGGAACCGGUGAGUAAGAAGAAGUUCGUGGUGAUUGCUGGUCUGUAGGAUUCUAUGUGCUUUAAUGUGUGUUUUGUUUCAUGACCUCAUGGAAUGCCUUUCGAAUCCACUCGGUUGGGUUUGAACUGCUUAUUGGUUCGUUUUACUAUGGCUCGCUGGCUUUAGGUGAUGCGGCUGGUGGUGGUAAUGAAAGAUUGAAGCGCCAAAGCCCGUGGUUGUGUUUUAUGCAGAAGGUUAAUGUUUACUGCUACCACAUGUUCUUUUAGCUAAUGUGGAUGUGAACCCUAUAUGUGUAGUCACAGGGUGUGUAAUUUUUAUCAAUGUACAAUUUCCUUUGUGUGAGCUACAGUUAAUUAGAGAAAGUGCUUGUUUUCACCAGGAAAUAUAGUUUAUGUUUUUCUUCA